CUGUUUGUAACUGCACUCAUGUCAAGCUAAAGAAUCCACGGUGUUUCGGCCUCCUGUGGACAAACCGAGAACUACAACAACGCGGGAGAAAACUGUCAUGGCGGCUGCCACAAGACUUAUAUCAAGGUUGACACUGGUCACUGGAGGAGGCAGCGGGAUUGGACGGGCGGUCUGCCAGCGUUUGGCCUCUGAAGGCGCCUCUGUGGUGGUCGCUGACAUCAGCGAGGAGUCGGCCAAUGAGACGCUGGGGAUACUGCAGAGUGACCUGAAAGGGCAGGGUCACAUGGCGGCUGUGGUGGACGUCUCGUCAAAGGAGAGUAUAACAAAACUGGUCACAAACAUACAGACUCGUUACUUCCAGCCUCCCUCGGUGUGUGUGAACGCAGCAGGCAUCACCCAGGACGACUUCCUGCUCAGCAUGACGGAGGAACAGUUUGACAGAGUCAUCCAGGUCAACCUGAAGGGUUCAUUCCUGGUUACACAGGCUGUCGCUCAGGCUCUGGUGGCCUGUGGAGCUCCCAAAGGAUCCAUCGUUACUGUAGGCAGCAUCGUGGGAAAGGUGGGGAACAUUGGACAGGUAAAUUAUGCUGCUUCUAAAGCUGGAGUGGAGGGUUUGACCAGAACCGCUGCCAAAGAGCUCAGCAGGUUUGGGAUCCGGUGUAACUGUGUGCUCCCAGGAUUCAUAUCGACUCCGAUGACGGAUAAAGUACCAGAGAAGGUCAUUACCAAGAUGAAAUCCUUGGUGCCUAUGGGAAGAAUGGGCGAGUCUGCAGAGGUCGCUGAUGUCUGUGCCUUUCUAGCCUCAGAUGACUCUCGGUACAUCACAGGAGCCAGCAUCGAAGUGACAGGUGGACUUUUCAUGGGCUAAAGUCAAACGUCUGUCACCCUGAUGAAGAUCAAUGGGAGGCGAGUUCCUUCGUAAUUAAUUUCAUUGUUAAAGGGGUUCUGCCUUCAUUGGUUCUUUGAUUGUGAUUACUGUUGAUUAUAUGUGUGCACUAUACAGUGUAAAGACACCUUUUUGUGCUAAUAUUUCUGUACAGAAAAAAAAUAUUGUGGUUUUAAUUUGAAUAUAUAAAACUCACUCCUCAAUUUUUAAGUUUUCAGUUUAAUAAAGGACUGUUCAAUGAG